AUGUCAAAGGACUCUGACUACACCUGCUCCUAUGGGAUGAAGUUAACCUGGGAUAUCAAUGAUCCCAAGUUACCACAGGUACAGUUCAAGGAGGGAAGUUCGGAAGAAACCUACUCGAAUGAAUUUGUGGGCUAGUUUUCUAAGGCUGCAAAACACACUUGAAAGUCAGCCUUACUGAGCUCAUUGGGGCUUUUUCUUGAGUUGGUGUGUAUAGGAUGGCCCUGUACACCCCAACAAAGCACACCCCAAACUACACUGUAUCUUUAUAGGAUGCUCCUGCAACAGCAAACAAGCAAUAAUGGUAUGAUGGCUGAUCUAUAGGCAAUUGCUAGGAGUGGUGCAGAGAUGUUUCUGUUCUUGUUCUCCCUCUUACUUUGUAGAUCCAGCUGGAUAUUUGCUCCAGAAGAAGAGAAGGGGAGCAAAGCACCCCUGAAAAUUAAAAACAGGAGAGGACUACAAAAUGAUAUUGUAUAUGUGUGUGCUUGUGCCAGUGGAAUUAUAUUAGCAGCUCAUUUCUAUUUAAAAAUAUUCUCCACUGAAGCACAUUUUUUUGGAAAAAAAAUACAUAGCUUGAAUAAUAAAGCCAAUAGAGGAAAAUUGUAUUGUUCAUCGCCAAUAAAGUCACAAGGAAACUGCAUUAGCUGCUUGCGCCUGUGACAUUUGCACAAUUACAAGCCCACAAUUAUAAAUCUAACUGAUUUCAAUGGAAUGUGCAGACUUGCAGCAUUAAUCUGGGAUCUAAGUGUGGAGCUGAACUGGACCUGGAUGCCUUUUGGGAAGUUGCUGUCAUGGUGGAUCUUCACAUGUGCAUUUGAGCCGCUGCUUGCAUUAUUUUGUUAACACAUUUUGUGUGUGUGUGUGUGUGUGUGUGUGUGUGUAGAAAUGAUAAAGGCCCAGAUUGGUUUUCACCUUAAUGAGAUGCUUUGCUAAUACAGCCUCCAUCCGUUCCUCUUUCUUUCAUCCCUUUGCCGCUGAUGCAGGAACCCAAGCACUUUGAUUCCUUCCAGGAGUGGCCUGACGGCUAUUUGCGGCUCAUCUACUCCAACGAGGAUAAAAAUGCACAGCGCCACCUCAGCGGGUGGGCCAUGCGCAACACCAACAACCACAACUGCCAGAUCCUCAAGAAGUCCUGCCUGGGUGUAGUGGCAUGUGCCGGGGACUGCACCCUGUUGGAUGGGACCAAGCUGCAGCUCCGGCCUGCCAUAUGCGACAAGGCUCGCCAAAAGCAGCAAAGUGAGAGAAUUGUGAUGGGGGAAUCCACCCAACGGCUGUUGCAUCUUGCUCUGAUUUGGGAGCCAUAGGGGACCUUUGUGGAGUUUACAGCAGACAGUUCAGUCGAAUGGCAUCCUCAGGGAGGUACACCUGGCAUCCAUGCUAUAACAUUAUCGAUGCCAGGUUAAAGUCUUCUUAUUUACAGAGGCAUUUUAGAUGGUGGCAUUUUUAGCUGGUUGGACAGCUUCAUUCCUCUUAAUUUUAUUGUGCUGGUUUUUCUUAUAACAUUUCUGGCAUUUUAAAUUUCUUUGUGUAUCGCUUUGGAAUCUGUUUUUGGAUGAAAGGUGGCUUAUGUAAAAAGUCAAGGAAAAUCUGUCCAGGAGAUUUCAAGCCUCAACACAGCUCCGUUAAAUAUUUUCUCGGUGUUUUUAAAAGUACAGUCGUGCCUUGGAAGUCGAAUGGAAUCCAUUCUGGAAGUCCAUUCGACUUCCAAAAAGUUCGGAAGCUAAAGCACAGCUUCUGAUUGGCUGCAGGAAGCUCCUGCAACCAAUCAGAAGCCCUGGAACGUCCGGCUUCCCGAAAAAGUUCAAAAACUGGAACACUCACUUCCGGUUUUUGAUCGUUCGGGAGCCAAAACAUUUGGCAACUAAGCCGUUGGAGAUCCAAGGUACAACUGUAGAGUCCUCUUAGAGAAUAUUGUUUUGGCACUCAUGGGAUGAUGUUUUGAAGUGAUCCUGUAUCUGCAAACCAUUUGUGUAUUUAAAAAUUACCCUGGGAUUUCCAUCACUUUCCAAGGAAUGUAUCUGAGGAAUUCAAGGAAGACCCAACAAUAAUCUUGAAUCUGUAACAACCAAUAGGAAUCAAAUAUCUGCUUUCAAUACCAUCCCUAGAAAAACUGCAGGCAUAACUGUUCCAGGUGUAAUUUUUCUUUCUGCAUUGUACUUAUAGGGUCACUUUUGUCUCAUGGAUGUCAAAAAUCAUGUUGUAAGCAUCCUGCAAAUGCCAAAGAUAUCUGAGCCAGCUCUAGGAGUCCUACCUUUCAUUCUGGCAACUGAGAGCACUUGCAAUUAAUAGGGUUUCAAACAUCUUUAAACCAAAGUCCCCAUUGUUAUUAUACACCAUCCUACUAAUGUAUUUCUGUGCGAAGUAAAUUUACAAUCGUGUCAUUCCACCCUGCCUGUAGGACUUCCCCUUCUGGGUUGUUGGGGAAAGUAGGCAAUACUGCUGGAGUGGCAAGUGUUGACACACAAUGAACCAAUGGGAAGCUCCUGGAAUGCUACAGAGGGGAGGAGUUGGUGGUGGGUUCAAUUUUGGAGAGUACAUAAAAUGUGGAAGGCUAUCAGAUUCAUAAAUCAUUUUAAGUUACAAGCAACAUCAGUUCUGAAGAGAUUUGUACUUUAGAGGUUCUAAGUUAAUAAUUCCACCAUUUAUCAAAUCUACUUCAAAAAUAAUUCUGCCUGGAGAUUUUAAUACAGAAUGAUUGAAUCUGACUUCCCUUCUGUUCAUCACUUUAACCUAUUAUCCUUCACAGAAAAACUUUGUCCAAACUGCAAUUCAGCACUUGAAUUAAUUCCUUGCCGGGGGCACAGUGGCUACCCAGUAACUAACUUCUGGAGACAUGAAGGCAAGGCAAUAUUUUUCCAGGUAAAAUAUAAAUAGUGCUUUUGGAUUUUGAGCAGCUUGUGUUUUUUUCCUCUUCAGUGAUUUGGAAUUUGUGGAUGGAAAAUCCAUGAUCAUAUUUGUGCACCACAUAGAAGGAAUUCGUACUGGAAUUGCUUGUGAUAAUCACCUGUACUCACCCUUUUCAUUUUUUUUAGUGCUUUUGAAUGAAAUUAAUUAUGUUGCACUCACUGAGGGUCUGCAACAAUAGCCUGGCAGUGAUAAGAUGGCAGGACUUGUAAUUUUGGUUGUUUGAUAUAUUGAAUAUUGACAUAAUUCCAAAGCCAUUGAUUUAGAGGUCCAAAAACAUGGUGGCCGGAAUCCAAUUAAUUAUAUGAACAAUUUAUGCCCCAAGGACUUUGAAGCUAAAUUGUCGCCCCAAGGUUUCAUGGCAAACUUUUUUGAAAUGGAAGGACAUUUCAAAGAGUUUGUCAUCAUAUGGCACGAUGGGUAUGCCUCAACUCUUUGGCAUGUUCCAAAGCAGCUCUCUGGAUCCUUUCCUAUGUUUGAUCCAGCAUUCACUACUUAUUUCAUUUAUUGAUUCAUUCUCAAUAUUUAUAGACCACUUUUUACCAUGAAUGGUCUCAAAGCAGUUUACAAAUCAAUCAAUAGAACAAUGCACUAAUCAAAUAAUAUGGUGUUUAAAUCAAUAGAAGCCACAUAGGCCUAAUACAACUUACUUAAAAUGCCUGCUGGGAUGCAAAGCUCUUCCUCAGGUGCCUGCGGCUCAACAGAGGGGUGUCUGAUCUCAGCUCGGUACUACAGAGUUAGACCUGAAUGCACAAGUCCUGGUGAAAAUAAGCUGUCCAUCUGAGCCAGGGGAGACUACCAACACUCACUUUAAUCAGUUUCUCUGGUUCCUUUCAAUGAGGCUUGCACAACAAAAGUUGACUUCGUUUUUUAUAAAUGAUACAAACUUCAAUCCACAGAUGUUAACAAAACUCCAGAUAGAUUAAAAAAGCAAUUUCUUGUUACAAGAUCAGACUUAUAAAUGUUCCUGACCAUGGCUUUCAACAGAAGAAAAUGACCUUCAUACCAUAUUAAACUGGUUAUAAGAUCACUCCAAAUUAACUAGUUUAUGGAUGGGUUGGAAUGUCUCUAUGCUCGUAUGUUUCCUGUAACUAAGAACAUUGUUCACGUGUCCGUAUUUCUCCAGGCCAAGGGAAUACAUGAUCACCCUAGACCGGAGAGUAAAUCAGAAACAGAGAUCAGAAGAAGUGCCCUUAAAAAGCAAACACCACCUUCUCAUUCAUCUCAGAAAAAAAGACUUCUGGAUUUUCAGGUAACUAUAAGGUUGUAGAACCACAGAGAGCUUUGUGGCAACUUAAAGACUAUAACAGGCAUAAGUGUUUGUGAGUUGCAGUGCGUGGGGAUAGACAGGUAGUUACCCAGCCACUAUGUCCUUCUGCUUCACUCCUCACCUUUGGCAAAGCAGGGAAGUGGGGUGUGUGUGUGUGUGUGUGUCCAGCACUAGCAAGAGAAGCAAUAUCUGUUGUAAGGGCUGGGGAGUUGUCUAAUAUGCGGGGGCGAGGAGCAACGCUAGUGUGGAGGCAGUGAUGCUGGAAUAUCACAUAAUAAUUUAUGAAGUAGGAGGUGCAGAUAGCCCACUUCAAAAUCAGUACAAUUUCACUUUAAUCCCAUCAGUGGGUUGCUGCUGCAUACACCCACAGCAAAAGACCUAUCUGGAAAUGCCCUAGGCUUGAAAUAAAUAAACCAAUACAGUGGUACCUCAGGUUAAGUACUUAAUUCAUUCUGGAGGUCUGUACUUAACCUGAAACUGUUCUUAACCUGAAGCACCACUUUAGCUAAAGGGGCCUCCUGCUGCUGCCACGCCGCUGGAGCACAAUUUCUGUUCUCAUCCUGAAGCAAAGUUCUUAACCAGAGGUACUAUUUCUGGGUUAGCGGAGUCUGUAACCUGAAGCAUCUGUAACCCGAGGUACCACUGUAAAAUGAAAAUUAUCCAACAAAUGUUUAUGGUGAUUCCAAGAUGUGUACAGAGCAUCAGCACUAGUUCCAGGUGUUUCUGAUAUCAAUUAGCCAUUUGAAGCCAUCAUCUGCUUCAUUUGAAAAACCUGAGCAAAAUUAAUUUGAACCACAACUGGCAACAACUGAAAUAGCCAUUUGCCAUAUUUCAUGGGUGCAUGCAGCCAUUUCUCCUGAAGUCUUUUUAUUUAUCUUCUCAUCAGACAGGAAUGUGUUUUGAGAACAGCAGUCACUUUCAUUAUAUUCAUCAUCUGGGAUGUGAAGAAGGAUCAGAAAAAAUCAACAUAAUUACAGAUACCGGCUUGCCACUCCUAGCUCAGCCUCACCAUUUAUUUCAAAAUAUAGAACCUUACAACAUUACCUACGAUGCAGCCAGCUUUCAAGAGGAUGUGUUAUCACCACUUCAGAAGCGUCCGAGCCCCAAAAUCUAUACAUCUAAACCAACUUGUGGCUAUGAAUGCUCAUUUCCUGGUUACAUCAAUUCCAGUCUGUAUACAUUUCACAAAGAUCCAAUGGAUAUUCCAGGGGAUGCUGACCAUGUUGUGUUGAAUGGACUUCAGUACCAUGUAAAUUCACUAGAUGCCCAUGAAAAGAACUUUGAUGGCACCCAUAAACAUCAUGGACUAAAACAGGCCUUAGCUGAAACUAACUACGGAGAAAGGAUUGGCGAUGAAUCGAGUCAAGUCAAUGUUAACCAUCCCCAUUACAGUGAAGAAUAUGCUUGCAGAUAUAGCAGUCAUUCUUCUUUGGAAGGUCAUCCUUUGCAAACUGUUAUAACCACAACUACCAAGAUGUUCCUUGAAGCCUACAAGCCUCCUGUGGCAAAGUAUGGCGACAGUUUAUAUGAUCCAAAAGAUCUUAUGAGUUGUUCCUUGGCAGAAAGCAUUUCAGGGAAUGUCUGUCGAGAGAUAAGCCUUCAAGACCACUGGGGAAUGGGCAAACCAAAUGAGAUUGGUGAGCAUUUUCUGACAAUUGAUAAGGAGGAGCAUAUAGCAUCAGUGAAUGAAUGCCAGGAUAGUACUGAUGCAGGAAAAGUUUAUACUGGAUAUGAAGGACAAACGUUCCAAUUUGAGAAUACUGAAUACUAA